AUGACAGAUGCAACGAUGCCGGUAGCCAAGAGAGCCGCACCGCCACCGACAGAGGCGACUUCCGCGCCCACGAAGAGGCCACGACACGAAAGCGACGACCCCGGGGUCCAUGUCAUCUUUGUUGGUAUCAGCCAACACAAAGACAUCGGUGAAGAGGGCUACGACUGUAGAAUUCCCUACGACCCAGCUGUUAGCUCAUUCGAAGCGGGCGACGUCCUAGGCGGUUUGACGCCUGAAAGACUACAGCAACUGGAAGAUAGCCUAGGUCCUGGACCUAAAUAUGGUCUAGUCGAUUUGGCUGGUAGUAUCGCAAGAUUACAAAAGUCCAGACCAAAGCUCAUUGAGUCCUCCUGGAACGAACGCCUCGUCCUUCUUCAUCAGCAGGUUCUCGCGAUGCUUUGGGCCGAAAGAUCUCAGCGCAUGACUAUCGAAUACCGCCCGCUUGAUUGGAUCAUGGGCCUCAUAGAAAAAGGAGGCAAUUCUCUCGCUAAUCAUUUGUGCGAUCACAAUCGGCCGAUUCUAUUCUACAUCCCACUUCACCCACGCGACUGGACCCUCCAUCCUGAAGUUCGCCAUCUUUAUGAAGCCAUAGAUGCACUCCAGCAUUUAUUCAACGACAUCAGCGUAUUUCCAGGAUACCAUGAGAGCUGGAAUUAUGGAUACAGAAUUGCAGAUAUCAGGGCAUUAGACUCUAUCGCUGUGAAAGACUCCACACCGGAAUCAUACCAUCACAGGCCGAAGACAUGCCUGGGCAUCGGGGACUGCAGACUGGAUGAAAUACAAGGGCCACAAUUCGUCAGGUUCGCGUUUAGCGAACGCGAAGACUACAUACAUCAUAGCACAGCCCCCAACUAUAACACGUUUAUUCAUAACCAGCCCUAUACGCAGGGAUCCGCCAUGAGAGUUAUUCACCAGCAGUGUUUUCCAUCGGUCUCCAAAUGGGGAUACCUACGCGUUUUUAUGGUUAGCGAUCAGAUUAUCGCCCGUAGCUUCUCCUCAUGCGACCAACGAACAAAAGUACACAACACGUCGACUCUUCGUCAUGAUUGCCACUUCGACUUUCGCGCCGCUGGUUUUCGACAACAUCCAGAUCCGGAUCAAGUGACUGAGCAACAAGCAAAGCUAGAAGAACUCGACAGCUUUUGCAAGUGGUGGCAGCAGCAACUCACGACGUAUGAUCCUGAACUAUUUGAAUCUCUCAAUAUCGGCUGUAUCAUGAGAAUUGGCCUAUCGGAAGCGAGUCUUGAUGGGAAUUUCUUCAUAAUCGGGAUUCAAAGAUGGUUUGCUUCUCCCUUUUUCAGCAUGGACUUGACAGCCAAGCCAUUCGAUCAGCUUUGCAAGGCAUUUGGUGAGCAGUUUGCACGAGUUUAUGGGUCCUUUGCUGCGGAGGAUGUACCUGAUAAUUGA